CGCACAUGUUGUUGUCUUCUUGUUGGCCAAAGCGCACAAUGGUGCAAGCUAUCCAAACAGUCGAGGUUGAACUCCAGGCCAUUAAACUCCAGCCCUGAUUAUCGUCGAUAUAUGUUGCUCCGGGUGGUGAAGCGCUGUAUUUGCCCCGUAUCUUUCGGCUGUCUCCUUGGCUUCAUAGGAAACCAGGUGCGGAAAUCCAGAGUCCUCCCCGUGGUUGGCGAUUCCUGCCUGCAUUUCUGGUUUGUUUUCAGAACGAGCAAAGAUACAGCCAAUAGUCAGUCCACUUGCGAGAAAAAAUAUUGUGGCUCCGUGAUUCCCUAUGGUUGGGUUUCUAGAAGCUUUCUGCUUUAGGGAAUGCACCUGUUGCGGUGGUGAAACCUGGCGCCAUAUAUAAACGAAGACUCCGUGAAGGCACGCGCUGGGAUCCAGAUAAG